UUUUGCAUUCUCUCUCUCUCUAUAGCCAUUGUUGUCGUGGGUUCCCACUAGCAGCUUUCUUGUCUUCCUCCAUUGGUUUCUCUCUUUUCCUUCAAUCUAUCAAAACAGAGGUUUUUGCUCCUUCUCCCAUUGUUUCACUCUUUAGGGUUUCUGAAUUGGGGGUAAAAGCAAUCAGAUGACUCAACAGAGACAAUUUCAGAUGGAAGGUAAUCAUAAUACUACUUGUACCAACGAUACCAAGUUGACGAAAAUCUUCGUGGGAGGAUUAGCUUGGGAGACGCAGAGAGAUACAAUGAGGCGUUACUUUGAACAGUUUGGUGACAUCGUUGAAGCAGUUGUCAUUACUGACAAGAACACCGGAAGAUCUAAAGGAUAUGGAUUUGUGACGUUUAAGGAUGCUGAAGCUGCCAUGAGAGCUUGUCAGAAUAUGAAUCCUGUGAUUGAUGGAAGGAGAGCUAAUUGCAACCUUGCUUGUCUUGGUGCUCAGAAACCUCGACCUCCUACUUCUCCAAGACAUGGAGGAGCAGGGAGAUUCAGAUCACCAGGAUCAGGAGUGGGAUUAGUUGCUCCUUCUCCUCAGUUUCGAGGCUCUUCUUCUUCCUCUGCUUUUGUUCAUCAACAGCAACAACAACACACUGGUCAAUUCCCAUUUCCCUAUCCUGCUUACGGGUUUUCUGGAUAUUCUCAAGAGGGGAUGUACCCAAUGAACUACUACAAUCAUCAUCUCUAUGGAGGACAACAGUUUGCACCAUAUAUGGGACAUCCAUCAUCAGGAUCAACAGGAAUGUACCAUGGGUUUUAUCCAUUCUAUGCUCAAUACAAUGCAGCACAAAGUAGCAAUCAGGCACAGGCUCAAGCUCAACAUCAUCAAGGUUACAGCUUUCAAUACACUACUGCUCCACCUCCACCUCCUCUGCUGCAGUAUCCUUACUUGCCUCAUCAGCAGCAGCCUCCGCCUCCUAUACUCUCCCUCCCAACCUCUUUGGCUCUAUCAUUACCAUCCUCUUCAACUUCUGCCUCAGCUGCAACCACAGCAACAAAAACAGUAGUGAUUACUACAGCGACAAAGAACGCAGCAGCAGCAGCUGAAACAAGCACGAAAGAUGGCCAUGAAGCAAUUACAACAUCAACCAUCAAGAUAGAAGAUUGAUACAGUACUACUAGUACAAUAGCCAGAGCAAGGGAAAAACUUCAGUGUACACUAACUCAUCAGCAGUCUCUCCAACCAACGUUCUAGAAACAUUCAUUCAUCGUUCUUAAUUAGGAGUCUAGAAUCUUAAUUAGUAUUUAGGAGGAAGAGGAAGGAGAAGAAGAAGAAGAAGAAGAAGAAGGAAACAAUCAUAUCACAUUCUUUGUUUUAUUUUAUUUUUGGUUGUUUAAAGAUUCAUAUUGCAUUUUAGGUUAAAGGAUCAAGAGAGGGCAUUGGUGGCUUUUCUUAAGAUUCUUAGAGGAAGAA